AUGCGUUGUCCUGGAGGAUCCUUGGGUCCCUGCGUUGGCAACAACCCAGACUUGCGUAAUCUUACUUUCUCGUUUACAACUCUUGACACAGGAGAUAUUGUCUUCCUUACAAGCGAUGGUGUUUCUGACAACUUUGAUCCUGUAAUUUCGCAGUGCAAGACUCCUUCUUUCGCGCACACCAAUAGCCUUGACUCAACGCUGGACGAACCGGGAGUGAGUGAAAGGACCACAAAUGCCUCCCCAGAUGAGAGCGGAAGUGAUCAUGACCUACCGCGGGCUCAGUUAUAUGACCUUGCUAUGGUGAAGAAUAUGACAGAGGUAAACGAUCUUUUGUAACCGUUAAACUCCCAGAAGUGAUUCAUAUGUAAUUUCUCCCCACAAUAUCCAAACACUAUCCACCCAAGCAGGUAAUGAGAUUACUCAAAUGUAUCAGGUAGAAGUCGUUAUAUUGAUCUAAGACCAAAUUCUCAUAACUAAUUUGCAAGAAAAUGUCCGGCAGCUAGAGGGGAGAAUUAACAAUCAGAUCUUGGGAAUUAAAGGGUUAAGGAGACAUUUCGAUUGAAUUUUGUGGAAACAACCUAGUCUAAUUACAAAAGGUCGACCAGAAAGGAAAAUACCACUAGAAACCGAUUAGGACUCACUGCACACCGGUUUCCGUUUUCAUUUGAUAGGUUGAGAAGGUGACGCGAGUUUUCUAGUUCUAUGCACUCAUUAUUUGAUCUGACACGCUACUCUAUCACCCGUGUUGUGUGACAUCCCCGAGAACGGCUGCGAAGGACACUCGUCAAUUUGCUAUCAUGGCGUUCUUUGUAAAUGCAACAUUGUAGGUGUGAAAGAAAGAAACGAGAAAGAUCAUCCGCAACGGGUAGUAACACUAUUAGCAGUUUAAUGAUUCAAAAACUAGGUUUACCUUUAAAAUACUUACAAUACCACCCCCGAAUCGAACAUUAUGGUUAUGAGGAAAAUGGAAAUGAUCACAAACGAAAGACGCCCUUGAUUGUUAGACAAAUUCUCCUUGUCAGUAUCUCAGGAAAAGUAUAGGGAACAGUUUGGAGAAUGUACAUACUGAUGUUAGAGAGUAAAAGGGUUAACCUCCUAUUAUAAAGGUAACAGUGCUGUAAAAGGAAAGUUUCCCUUAUGAAAGUAUUGUUUGUUCUUCUUGUUUGCUCAGGUCAUCCAAAAAGAAAGUCCCAUAGACAUUUCAGCUGUAGCAGUCUGUACUAGUCUCCUUUUGCAUGUCUUGGGAUGCACUCAAAAAAAGCGCCAGCACAGAGAACAAAUUCAGGCCCGAGCGAAUCACAAUCCUAACGGAGGAGAAGACAGAAUUCAUCAAGGAAGCGAAAGAGAACCUUCGCGCCUUGACUGUGAACCACCAGGGAAGUUGGAUCACGCCGCGGUCGUCGCAUUCGAAGUUGGACUUUACCGAGGAAAUAGACGAGGAAGUGUCUUUGACUUUUUCUUCGGAAUCAAAGAUGGCACGAGAAGAGCGUCCUCUUGAAACUUGAUCGUCCGGGUCAGUGUAGUCUUGAGAAGGACUGUUGUCGGUAGUGAUGACUGACGUCUAGGCAACCUGAGCGGAAUUCACCAGCUAAC